UGCCAGGUACCAACUAUCAGCAACGGGACAUCUAGCCAAACAGGGAUGAUCAGAUAUCAAGAAUCGGUAACCUACACCUGCAAUACUGGCUACACACUAAUUGGAGUGAACACAUCAACAUGUGCAGCUGAUGGGACUAUACUAUCACCCAGUUGUCUAGCUGUCAAUUGUACUGUACCUAAUAUCACAAAUGGGCAGCAAGCCGUAUCGGAAAUAUCUUUCCAGCAAGCAGCCAACUAUUCAUGCAGCGCUCAUCAUGUGUUAGUUGGAGAUGCACAGCCAACAUGCCAGGCUAAUCGCACGUUGCCUUCAACACCCACAUGCAAAGCUGUGACCUGCAAGGUACCAACUAUCAGCAACGGGACAUCUAGCCAAACAGGGAUGAUCAGAUAUCAAGAAUCUGUAACCUACACCUGCAAUACUGGCUACACACUGAGUGGAGUGAGAACAUCAACAUGUGCAGCUGACGGUACUAUACUAACACCCAUUUGUCUAGCUGUGACCUGCCAGGUACCGACUAUCAGCAACGGGACAUCUAGCCAAACAGGGAUAAUCGGAUAUCAAGAAUCAGUAACCUACACCUGCAAUACUGGCUACACACUGAGUGGAGUGAGAACAUCAACAUGUGCAGCUGAUGGGACUAUACUAUCACCCAGUUGUCUAGGUCUAGACUAUGAUGAAUGUAUAUCCAACCCAUGCCUGAACAACGCUACAUGCAUCGAUCAAGUGGGUGCAUUCCAAUGUCGCUGUAGAGCAGGUUUCACUGGUGAUAGAUGCCAGUCAUUGCUGGACUGCCCUGCUUUCCAGCGUCGCGACAGCGGCGGAAUCUUCUGCGAGCCGUGCGCGUGCGAUCAACUAGGCUCGGAGUCGUGUGACAUGACAAAUGGCACAUGCUACUGCAAGCCGAGCAUUACCGGUAGUGUGUGCGAUCGCUGCAUUGACAACUACUACCAGGCUACGGGCAAGGUGAGUGGCUGCGCUGCCUGCUCCUGCAACUCUGCACGCACUGUCGUUGGCAACACCAGCUGUGACGGCAGGACGGGCAUCUGCAACUGUCUGCCGAACUUCAGCGGCUUCAGAUGCCAGUACUGUUCGCCGGGCUUCUUUGAUCUGAGUGCCGGAUGCCCGGCGUGCAGCUGUUCCGCCGAGGGCUCACUGCAUGCUGUGUGCGACCAGGCAAACAAUGGCCAGUGCGCGUGCAAGCCCGGCAGCAGCGGAUUCGACUGUGCCCAGUGCCUGCCUGGAUUCUUCAAGCAGAACAGCACUUCCCAGUCGUGUGCUACGUCCAAAGACGGUCAGCCGUGUCAAGAUUGCCGUUGCUCUCCCGUUGGCUCUAAAAGCAGCCAGUGCAGCGUGACCAGCGGCGAAUGUUUGUGCCUACCUGGUUACACGGGACAGCGGUGUGAUGAUUGCACGGACGCCGCUCAAUACUACACCGAGCAAGCAGGCUGCCUAAACAUGAAUGAGUCUAUGCUGACACCGCUUGCGGAUACUCAGGUCAGCGGGGAUUCGUUCUCUUUCACCUACCCGGUGGUCUUUGGAUCCAGCUAUGCAGAGUACAGCAACGUUACGGUGUCGAGGAACGGAUUCGUGUCGCUGGCCGGCUUCACGGGCGGUUACAACCGUAUUGACCGUGUGACUGACAGUAUUGCUCUGGUGGCACCGCUGUGGACUAACACUGCUACAGCCAGCCGUUGCAAUUCAGGUACGGUGACUAGCCAUGUUGUGAGCAACAGCACCGACGCAGCCACCUUCUCGAAGAUCCUUAAGGCAGUGAGGGCGUCCUCCAUUGGCAGUGAAGAGUUCACACCCAGCGAGGCGGUCGUCACGACCUGGCGUGAGAUGCGCGAGAAUGACACACACGACAGACGCAACACAUUCCAGGCAGCCAUUAUUGGUGACGAGUGUCAGACGUUCGCCCUGUUCUUCUACCCCAAGUAUGGUGUCAGCUGGCUGGGUAACCCCAAGGCUGUGGUGGCUGCAUGGCGUCCGGCAAAUGGCAACAUCGAGAGCUACUUCAGCCCAGCCAGUGUAGCACGUCAGCUAGUCACCAGGCUAACACCGGGCUGCAGCCAGCGUCUGCGCGGCAUCAAGAAAUGCCGUGCCCUCGCGGAGACUCCGUCCUACCUCCAGUCCACCACCAAUCUCCUCCAGUGCCCGGUAGAGCGUGCAACAACCUCUGUACUCGGCAUCUUUGAGCCACAGCCCGCAGUGACUGGCAGCUAUCUCUGCUACAGGUCAACCCCGGUCUCCAAUGGAUCACGCUACCAGGCUUCUUCGGUCUGCUGCUAUGGCAGUGACGGACUUCUGGUUGAUAGUGGUGCCCUUCAGGCGUACGAAACAUACCAAGUCAUCGAUGCUUCCAUCCUGGCCUACUGCCAGCAGGGAGACGUUCUGAACGAGUUCUUUGGCAAGCGCCGCUCGCCCAGAGCAACCACAACCAGAGUGGCACUGUCUCAAGCUUCUGGAUUUGGUGACCCUCACUUGACCAACUUCAAGGGUGAGAACUUUGAUUUCCAUGGCAUUGGCGAGUACCUGCUGGCAAGGUUUGCAACACCAGCGGCGUACAAUUUCUCCGUUUUCACCAGGCUGGAAGUGGCCCCGGUUAAUGCUUUCAGCUUCACGUCUAUCACCCGCGUAGCCAUCAACCUCUGGAUCAGUAGGUUACAGCAGACUCUGAGCGUGGAGGCGUUUGCAUACAGCAACAACACCCUUGCCAUUGUCGGAGAUGAUCAGCUGGUGCAGAGUAUCCGCGCCGGCAACCAUACCUAUUUCAGACUGCACAGCGGCAGUCUUGUGACGUCGUACGGCUCAAGCAGUGUGCAAGUCUCCGUUCAGCAAGCACCUGUCCUCUUCUUGGCCUUCCAAGUGGCGCAUGAUCCCUUCUCCACCGUGGACGGUCUUCUCAACAUGUCUCGUCCCAGCGUUGAUCUGAGCAACUCGGCAAGUGUUCUGGCUGCAGCGGCAACUCUGCAAGUUCAGCCAGACCAUGAUGUGUUCACCUACGAUGACAACACCAACUACGCAACAUACAAUCCAGCUGGCGUUGUGCCCAACCAGGCUGUUGUCAACGUGCUGAAUAUCAGCAGCGAGGCAAACGCCACUUGCGAUGGAGACUUCGCUUGCCUGGCCGACUUCAUUGCAACUGGCAGCACCACACUGGCCGCAUCUACCCUCGUGACGGAGAAAGCUCUUCAGCAAUCCUCCAUUGCCUUGGCUCGCAGUCCACCACUGAUAACAUUGUCUACUGACGUCCUCAAUGCUAACUUCAAUGUAACCAGCAACGUGACUGUUCGUGCUGCUGCUACGCUCACUCUUAAAAUCUCGGUUAUCGAAGUGGCCACCUCCAGCGGAAUUGUCCCUGGUGAUCUGGUGUCGGCGUACUCCCCGCAGUCUGGAUUGGUGCUUAGCUGGACUCCCAGCCAGCGCCAGCCGAGCAGCAGUAUUGUGCUACGCGUGCGUGCCGUUGACUCGGCCAACCAGACUUCCAUCGUCACCGUGCCAAUCACCCUCUGCAGCUGCUUUGGAGAGUGCAGCGCUGCACCAGCCAGCACUGCUGUCUCAACACCCUUCACUCUACUUACAUGUACUGCAUGCUUGCCAGGUCAAACUGGCCGUAUUUGCGAGAGCGACAUCGACGCUUGCCUGUUGCAGCCCUGCGGUGGACUGCGGCAAUGCUCGGACGAGCCCGCCCCAUCGCUGGGCUACCGAUGCGGAGCAUGUGCAAGCGGUUUCCGCGACGGCGGUUCUUCAAACUUGUCCUGUGUGCAAAUGGACGAGUGCGCGGAGGGUGUUGCGGUGUGCGCACCCACAAUCAGCACUUGCCAGGAUCAGCUUGCCUCCUAUCACUGUCCUUGUGCAGUGGGAUAUACUGGUACUGGAAACAACAGCUGUGUCGAUGUGGACGAGUGUCAAGAUGCUCAGUUGAAUGACUGUGACCAUACAUAUGCAACCUGCACCAACACCAGAGGAAGCUAUACGUGUGGUUGUAAGCGUGGAUUCCAGGGACCGGGUAUUAGCGCACAUGGAGGUUGCCAUGCUGUGACCUGCCAGGUACCAACUAUCAGCAAUGGGACAUCUAGCCAAACAAGGAUGAUCAGAUAUCAAGAAUCGGUAACCUACACCUGCAAUACUGGGUACACACAGAGUGGAGUGAGAACAUCAACAUGUGCAGCUGAUGGUACUAUACUAUCACCCAGUUGUCUAGCUGUGACCUGCCAUGUACCAGCUAUCAGCAACGGGAUAUCUAGCCAAACAGGGAUGAUCAGAUAUCAAGAAUCAGUAACCUACACCUGCAAUACUGGCUACACACUGAGUGGAGUGAGAACAUCAACAUGUGCAGGCGACGGUACUAUACUAACACCCAGUUGUCUAGCAUCUCUCACCCGACUGACAGCUGGUCAAACCACAACCCAUGCAGCAAACGGGAUAUCCACAGCAAAACCACCCAACGGUAAACAAUUGGGCAAUGCAAACUAUGCCUGGGUUGGUGGCGUAGUCAGUGGUCUGCUAGUUAUUGCCGGGAUUGCAGCCGUUCUGAUAUUCCGCCGUCGUCGCAGCUCUCAACAAGGGUCGACUGCUUAUAGAAGCAAGCAUGAGGCCUUGCAACAGUAUCAGCAGUCGUCCCCUUGUUCAACUCGCGGUACAACCUUGAGCUGGGGGUUGCAAACGAGUGAAAAUAGUGAUUUUCCGGAGACACCCGCUGCCCCAACCCUAUCCGCAAUUCCGGCUUCUUCCAGCGAGACAUCACAACACAGUAAUACGUAUGAAAAAAAGGUCACUUUGACACUUGAAACACUCAAUGCGACACCCAGCAAGCGUACACCCAGCAAGCGUAAGCUUCUGUCGUCAGUCACAGUGGAUGAAGAACUAACGAGUGCAAGUUGCACUGAUUCCCUGGACAGCCGCCUUAGCGCUCUGGACAGCAAAAGCAUGCAGUCUACUUGCAUCUGAUGAGUUUUUAUAACGGAAGAAAGUGCGCCAAGUACCAGCACAACUUCACUAAGAAAAAUCAGAGUAUUGUCCUGAUUUACUGUUCUCUUAAAGCCACUUCUUCAAGAACUCUCUUGCAUUUCCUCGUUUCAUAGUAAUCAUGUUAUUGUCUAGGUUCUGUGCUUUGGUUUCGUGCUGUUCACACUAAUAUCAUCCAGAACACGUUCAUCUGAUUACUGGCCUAUACCCCCC